UCUUACCUUGAUUAUUGCAUAAUUUGAAAGUUGGUUACUGAGAAUAUAUGAAAAAAACCCCAAGUUGUUGUUGACUGUGUCGAUAAAAUUCGCUUCGGAGAAAUUGUGUUGUUACACUAGUAAAUAUUUAAACUUAAACUGUCCAGCAGUGUUACACAAGUUUGUGAAAGAAAACCGAGUUUAAGAAGGAGUGGAAAGCAAAAAAAAAAGCGAAAGACGCAUUGAGAUUUUUAUAUAAUAGUCGAAAAAUCUCUUGACACGCGAUAAUUAGCUUGUGUGGGAACAAGUGCAUAAGUAAAUCAUAAUCUAAUGUUUUGCAUCGUGAAGUAUUGAGAACAGUUGAGAAACGAGGGAGUGAAACAAAUAAAGUUCGAGUUUGAUUAAACGGAGAAGUAAAAGCGCACAUUACAGUUCAUGUUAUCAUACGAAUUUAGUGAAUGAUAUAAAUUUGUGCUUUUAAAUAAGUAAAUUGAUGAAUAAUGAACGUGUUUGGCUAAGUGACAAUCACUUCGACUCUGAUUUUACAAUGGAGUGAUUUAUGUCAACAAAAAUAAACCACAAAGUGAUAUUAUCCUGUGGUAAAUAAGAAAAGAAGUUGAAAUCAUAUAAAACGAAACGCUUAAGGAUAGAAACAAAAAGGCGGAACCGAAUUCAAUUGUUGGAUUGUUUUGAUAUUUUUGUUGACUGACAAGAUCUUAAUAUACUCAGUUACUAUUCAAGAUGACGUGUGGCGUUUCUUGGGUGGAUAACACGCUUAAUAAAUCGUUUUUUAAGUUAGGAACAUUUAUAGCAAAGAAUCCGGGAUAUUUUCUCAUUGUGCCAGUUCUCUUAGCACUGCUAUGUAUGACCGGAUAUCAACAAAUUAAAUAUGAAAUAGAUCCAGAAUAUUUAUUUUCGCCAAUAAGUGGUGAAGGAAAAUUAGAACGUAGGAUAGUGGAAACAUACUUCAAAGUCAAUUACACUCAUCGAUUCAACGUUGGAAGAAUAACUAGGCCAGGAAGAUUUGGUCGGGUUAUCAUUGUAUCAAAAGAUGGCGACGAAAAUUUGCUUCGAACUGCUGUGUGGAAAGAGUUAAGAGUGCUUGAUGACAUUAUACAAAACACAACAGUUGAAUUUGAUGGCGACGUAUUUUCAUAUCGCGAUGUUUGUGCACGAUGGGAAGACGAAUGUUACAAAAAUGAUAUUUUGAAUUUAGAUUAUGUGCUGCCCGAGGUGGAAAGUGGAAAUUUGUCAUUGUCAUGGCCAAUAAUGUGGAAUCCCGUCAGUUGGGAUGCUCACGCAUUUCCCGUUUUCUUCGGCGGCACUAAAGUGUCAGAUGAUGCUUCGUUUAUUGUAAGCGUGCCAUCACUCCAUUUGGUUUAUUUUUUAACUGUAGACACGAAACGACAAGAUGCAAAAGGUGCUGCUUGGGAGGAUCAGUUUUUAGAUACAGUAGGACACUAUGAAGAAACUGGAUUUUUCAAACAUAUUGCUAUAGCAAGAUUUGCUUCACGAACACUUGAUCAUGAACUGGAAAAAAAUACGCGCACUGUCAUUCCUUACUUCAGUUCAACAUUUAUUUUAAUGGCAAUCUUCAGUGUCAUAACAUGUAUGAUGGGCGACACUGUGCGAUCAAAGCCUUGGCUUGGUCUUUUGGGGAACAUUAGCGCUGUGAUGGCUACUUCAGCUGCCUUUGGUCUUGCCAUGUAUUUGGGUGUUGAAUUUAUAGGAAUUAACUUAGCUGCACCGUUUCUAAUGAUUGGCAUUGGAAUUGACGACACAUUUGUAAUGCUAGCGGCAUGGCGAAGGACGUCUGUGAAAUUGUCGGUUCCUGAGCGAAUGGGCCAUAUGAUGUCGGAAGCUGCUGUCAGUAUCACGAUUACAUCACUGACAGACAUGAUAUCCUUCUGGAUGGGCAUAUUUAGUCCAUUUCCAUCUGUCCGAAUUUUUUGCACUUACAGCGCAUUAGCAGUUGCCUUCACUUAUAUGUGGCAUGUCACGUUCUUUGCCGGUUGUAUGGCGGUUUUCGGCUACAUCGAGCAUCGCAAUCUCCACGGAAUUUUUGGAUGUGAAGUCAAACCAGUUUCCGUUGCAAUCAAAGAAAAUCGGUCAUGGAUAUAUCGAAAGUUCAUAACUGGUGGCAUCAAUCGUGAUGAUCCCGACAAUCCUCUUGACAAUAAAGAGCACAUGUUGAUGGUGUUCUUCAGAGAUCACGUGGCAAAGUUUGUGAAUAAACCGUGGGUGAAGGCAAUGAUUAUUUUAAUAUUCGCGGCAUAUCUCGGUGGUGCUUGCUAUGGACUUACGCAAAUUCAAGAAGGUCUUGAAAGACGUAAACUAUCAAAAUCGGAUUCAUAUUCAGUGAAGUUCUUUGACUUGGAGGAUGACUAUUAUCGUGAAUUCCCUUAUCGUAUUCAAGUCAUUGUUACUGGGGAUUUGAAUUACUCAGAUCCAAUAACACAAAUGAAAAUUGAAGAAGCAAUGCAACAACUUGAAAACACUUCAUACGUCACUUCAUCAAUUUACACGGAAUCAUGGCUGAGAACUUUUCUAUCGUUUGUCGAGAGAAGUGAAUAUCUUAACAUAUCAAUAAGCACUGAACAGGAAUUUAUUGAUGCUCUCAAAGAGUAUUGGCUAUUUCCGGGUAACUCCUUCUCACUUGAUGUGAAAUUUAAUGAGAAUGAGACGAGAAUUGAAGCAUCAAGAUUUCUCAUUCAAGCUAUUAACAUUAGUGACACAAAUCAUGAGAAGCAGAUGGUUAAAGAUUUAAGAGAAAUAUGCAAAAACGCGCCAGUUAAUAUCACAAUCUUUCAUCCGUACUUUGUUUUCUUCGAUCAAUUUGAACUUGUGCGUCCGACAUCAGUACAAUGUAUGGUGAUCGGUGCUAUCAUUAUGAUGAUCAUUUCAUUUAUCUUCAUUCCUAAUGUGCUGUGUUCUAUUUGGAUAACAUUCAGUAUUAUUUCAAUUGAGGUCGGCGUGGUUGGUUACAUGUCGCUUUGGGAUGUUAAUCUCGACUCGAUAUCCAUGAUAAACCUGAUUAUGUGCAUUGGAUUUUCAAUUGACUUUACCGCUCACAUUUGCUAUGUGUAUAUGUCGUCAAAAUGUAAAUUACCGAAAGAUCGUGUCCGGGAAGCCUUGUACUCAUUAGGCCUACCGAUUGUUCAAGGUUCAGUCAGCACAAUCUUAGGUGUCGUUGCGUUGUUGCUUGCUGAAAGUUACAUUUUUCUCGUGUUCUUCAAAAUGGUUUUCCUUGUGAUAUUCUUUGGAGCUAUGCACGGAUUAUUUCUGCUUCCUGUUAUGUUGUCACUAUUCGGACCAAACUCUUGUUCCGAUGGUGAUGAUCAAUCGGUUGAUGAAAUUAUGUUUCAAUACAAAGAUAAAGAUGGAAAAUUGUUACAUCCUUUCACGAUUAGUCAUCCACAUUUGACAUUGGCAUCAUCACCUAAUGGAAUUAUGGAAAACAUGUCAGUAUCAAAACGACCUCGAAAUGAGAUGACACUUUACAAUGAGAGAGAUGAAAAUCAGCGAAGAAAUAAACAGGAAAACGGUUUUAUUAGAAAGAAACCUUCUGGAGGUCCAUAUGACUUUGAGCAUAGAAACAAUGACAAGAAACUUCAUUAUUACGAUUACAAUCAAAAGAGAAAACAAUCAGAUGACAGCUAUAAAAACUGGUGUGAACCCAAUUAUUCGUACUCGCCGAAAAUUGCUGAAUAUUACAACACACUUAGCAAUGCUUUAUUUUUUGUGAUGCCACCGAUUUUAAUUCAUCUAUUUAAAGAUUACGGAAGAUAUGUUCAUCCUGGGAUUCACAUUGUUUGGAUGCUUUUAAUAAUUGUUGGAGCUGCUUCAACAUAUUUUCACGCAACACUUUCAUUGAUUGGUCAACUUUUGGAUGAAAUUUCAAUAAUUUGGGUGUACACGUGCACAAUGAUAUUCUUUUGUCCACGAAAAUAUCUUCCACAAAUUAUUAAGAAGCGUGAACAUUUUACCGUGUCAAUGCUGAUAUUCAGUGUUACUGCAAGCAUCUUAUCUGUCUUUAAGCCAAUUGUGAAUGCUUUUGCUUUAAUGAGUUUAACUUUGCCAACGUUCUAUUUAUUAUAUAAGGAACUCGAAAGGAUAAAGUUCAAAGACCCAAAGGUUUAUGAAUUGGGAAUUCGAACAGUUGUUGUGCUUGCCUGUGCCAUAUUUAUUUGGAUCAACGAUCGUCUCUUCUGCAAUUUAUACACGUCUUUAAGUGUAACUUAUUUGCAUGCUGUUUGGCAUGUCUUAAUUUUCUUGUCAUCGUACGCUCUUUGUGUACUUUUCGCUUACUUUUUUGUCGAGUCAGAAAGGCCAAACACUGAUUAUAGUCUCGCUUAUUGGCCACAAAAUCGAAUGAACUUUACAGGAAUUCCUUACAUUCAAAUUAAACCACAUAAAAUAAACGAUUAAUCUACACAAACGGUUGUAAAACGAAUUUUGAUCUUCCACAAUUAUUCAAAGAAGUAGUGAAGCUGACAUAGUGCUAUUCCUUAUCACCAGUUGCUUUAUAAUUUCGAAAGACACAAGAAAUCAAAGAGUACAAUGAAUUUAUUAGAUGCAAUUAGACGAAAAGAAAAACGCUUAAAAAUUGAAAAAAACUUUUGCUGUAGAUGAAUAGAGAAACAAAAUAAAUAAAAAUUUAUUCUUUUGGAAACGAA